AAGAACAACAAUCUUCGCAUCCGAUCCCAAGAACCACCAUGACAUUCCUCAAGGCCAUCGAUCAAUGGUUCUCAAAUCUAACCACAAAUUCAAUCUCAACUUACUUUCCAAUCUCAACUUUUACUUUACUUCAUUCGAUUCGAGUGGCUUAUCUAUAUCAUUCAGUAUUACAAUCACAAGGCUUUAAAGUAGGUAUCAAAUCAAAUCAAGUUUCAUUCUUACAAGCCGGUUUGGUUUCCACAACUUUAGUCAUCAGUGGUACGACGAUGGCUUCGGUUUUGAAAGGUGAACCAUGGGGUUUGUUUGCCGAUCAAGGUGCUGGUUAUAUGGUUUCGGCUUAUAUGUUAAGUGCUAUGGGAAUGAAAUGGUUACAUCCUAUUCUAUCUAGCUUACCAGAAGAUCCAUUAAAAGUUUUAUGUUUCUUGAUUGAUGGUUUUGCAACCACUUUUGGUACAUUGACCCUAGGAUUAAAACCAGUGCUUCAAAAUCCUCAAAUGACAUCAAAGACAACCGGUCCAUUAGCUUUACCUACCUUAAUCUUACCACUCUUAUGUGGUUCAGGUGCUUCGAUCUUAGUCCCAUUCUUUGGUCUCUUGAAACCUAAAUUCUCUUUCACUCAUCCUGGAUUCUUAUCUGAACGUUUACCGGUGGAUUUCUGGGGUACUUUUCUCAUCACGGCUAUCUACGGUACCAUUGUGGAUGGUAGAGGUGUGAUCUUUGGCAAUUUAAGAUCUUUGUUAUCUAUCAUUGGAAUCGGUAACAAUUUUAAACUAGAAGAAGCUUGGAUGGGAUCAGAGGAUGCACAUGUGUUAUGUUCUUUGAUCUUAUCAGGGAUUUAUAUCGUCAAUGAGUUUGGUCCGGGUAUCUUCCUUGGUCCUUUGAUUCCUUCAAAACCUAUGAAGACUCGAGCACCAAGAUCGAAUAUGGAAAAACCUAGAAAUACAAUGGCCGUCACCACUGGUUAUGCUACAGCACAACCAAUUCCUGCUCAUGAAUUCAAAAAACAAAAAGAAAAACAAUAAGUUUAUUCAACGUUUUAUACUACCUAUCAUCCUCCGUUAAAGCUCGUCAACUUUUACGAUUCACGAGAAAUCUGUCACGAAUCACUGAAUGCUUCUUUGAAAAUCCUUUCUAAUCAAACCUCUGCGGGCCUCAGUCUAUCUCAAUGCAAGAGUGUCUUGGUUUGUUGUAUUCAUUUUCUUCAAUGUACCCUAUAUGAUCCUACGAAAAGAACAAAAAUUGCAAGAAAAAAUAUUUUUUGAACCUCUUG